AUGAAAGAAAUUCAGUCAGAGGCAGUUUGUAGCAUUCAGAAGAGAAGUGGUGGUUAUACUCAUCAGAGAAAGUUAGGGGACAGUAGUCAGAAGCGAUCAGCAAGUGCACAGGCUAGUGUGAAAACAAGUAGUGAUAUGUGUGAAAGAUGUGGAAAAUCACAUUCAAAGAAUGACAUGUGUCCUGCAAGAAGUGCUGAGUGUUUGAAGUGUCACAAAUUUGGACAUUAUGCAUCAGUUUGUAGGUCCAGAACAGUAGCGAGGAAUCCACCUAAAACACAGAACUCAAGAGGGUCCGGAAGAUGGAAACAAGGUCAAAGCAACUCAAAAGUCCACAGUUUAGAGACUGAUGAACUCUUUAUUGGGACAAUAGAGGAUAGAAAGGGUGAAAGUGGUGAAGACUAUUCAGAACAAUAUGCAGAUAUCCUAGUGAACAAGAAGUUCAUAGUAGCUAUGAAGAUAGAUACAGGAGCACAAGUUAAUGCUAUGUCAGAGAGAGACUUUCUAAAAGUCUGCAAGUUUGCAGGUCCUCUUGAGAAACCGGACACAAGGCUUUACGGCUAUGGACAGAAGUGGUUGAAAAUUGCAGGUAUGACUUACCUGGAUUGUAGUUACAGAAAUGUGUCUGUACGCCUAAAGUUCUAUAUAGUGCAAGAAGAGGCACCCUCAGUGUUAGGACUUCGAGCCUGUGAGGACUUAAACCUGAUAAAAGUCCUGUUGAACAUUGAACGCCUGAUUACUGAUGCAAGUAGUUCUGAGAAAAUACUCAGGAUGUUUCCAGAUAUCUUCCAAGGCUUAGGAUGUCUUGAAGACAAGUACAGUAUUCAGCUUGACCCAGAAGUGAAACCAGUAGUACAUGCUCCACGGAAAGUUCCGAUUGCCCUACAUGAGAAAGUUCAAGUGGAACUUCAGCGAAUGGAGGACUUGGGAGUGAUCAUGAAAGUGGAAGAGCCCACUGAGAGGGUAAAUUCUAUGGUGGUCGUCCCUAAAGCCAGUGGUGAAAUUAGGUUGUGCCUUGACCCAGCUGACCUAAAUAAGGCGAUACAACGUGAGCACUACAGAAUGCCCACGAUACAAGAUGUGACCUCAAAGAUUGCUGACCACAAGUACUUCACAGUUCUAGAUGCGAAAUCGUCAUACUGGCAAGUACAACUUGACCACGACUCCUCCAUGUUAACCACGUUCAACACUCCAUGUGGUAGAUAUAGGUUCUUACGUCUUCCAUUUGGAAUUAAAAGUGCCAGUGAAGUGUUCCAAAAGCGCAUGGACAAAAUCUUCGAAAAACUGAACUAUACUCACCCAAUAGUAGAUGAUAUUCUCAUCAGUGGCAGAACCAUUGAGGAACAUAACAAGAACCUCAUGGACACUCUUGAGACUGCAAAAGGAAGUGGUAUCAAGUUAAAUGCAGACAAGACUCAACUGUGUUCGCAGGAAGUGAAAUUCUUUGGUGAAAUACUUACCUCUGAUGGCAUGAAACCAGACCCGGAUAAAGUUGAAGCAGUACGCACAAUGACAACUCCAACAAGCAAGAAGGAGCUUGAAGAGAUCAAGGAUCUCAUCGCAAGAUCACCAGGUCCUGUUCUGCGAUAUUUUGAUUCCCAGAAAGAAGUCGUUCUGCAAGUGGAUGCAUCCCAGAAUGGUGUUGGGGCUGUUCUGUUACAGGAAGGACACCCUGUAGCAUUUGCAUCCAAGUCUAUGACGUCAUGUCAGCGCAAAGACUGCAAAGAUAGGAAGAUGUCUGAGAUAAAAUCCGCUACAGUUGAAGAUGAACAGCUGCAGGCAGUGAUUAGUGCAGUGCAAAAUGGUUGGGCAGCUACACACGUAGACUGUUCCGCUCAAGUCAAGGACUUUUGGACAUUUCGAGAGGAAAUCUCCUGUGUUGAUGGAAUUGUGUACAAGGGGAGUAAAGUAGUCAUUCCCUCGAAACUCAGAGUUGAAAUGCUUCAAUGCAUUCAUAGUGGUCAUCAAGGCAUGACCAAGUCGAAAGAAAGAGCUAGAGAGAUUCUCUUUUGGCCGUGUAUGAACAAAGAUAUUGAGAGAACAGUAGAGCAGUGUGCAGUAUGUCAAGAGCACAGGAAAAGUCCUUGCAAGGAACCCAUGAUCUCCAGUGAAGUACCUACCCUCCCGUGGCAAGUAGUAGCCACAGAUCUAUUCCAUAUGGAUGGAAGAGAGUAUUUAGUAGUAGUAGACUACUACAGCAGGUAUUUUGAAGUAGCCCUGUUAACCAACACAAAGGCUUCUACAGUCAUCACACAUAUCAAGUCCAUCUUUGGACGACAUGGCGUGCCUAUGCGUGUUGUCUCUGAUAAUGGGCCACAGUAUGCCUGCGCUGAGUUUAAGACCUUUAGUGACAAGUGGAAGUUUGAACACAUAACGUCGUCACCACUGUAUCCACAGGCCAAUGGUCUUGCUGAAAAGACAGUCCAAACUCUCAAACAGCUGUUACGAAAGUCUAGGCAGAGUCAUGCAGAUCCAUAUCUGGCAAUGUUGGCUUAUAGGAAUACGCCUAUAAAUGGACUCGCCUCACCAGCGCAACUGCUGAUGGGACGCAGGUUGAGAAGUGACUUACCGGUGCAAUGUGCAAUGCUCAGACCUGAAGUUGUUGACUGUGAUGUAGUGAAACAAGCAAUCUCACAGUCACGAGAGACCCAGAAAGUCUACUAUGAUCAGAGAGCUCAUCCAAGACCACCAAUACAGGUGAAUGACAGUGUGCGAUUGAGGCAAGGGAAGGACUGGAUCCCAGCUAAAUAUGCAAGCACUCCACGUUCUUUGGUAGUAAGAACUCAAGGUGGCUCAGAGUACCGACGGAACAAGCAUAACCUGAUUCCAACAAAGGAAAAUCUUCCUGACGACUGCAGUAUUAUCCAAAGUCCUGAUGGAACCACUCAAGGAGCAACUAAUGCUACUCCAGAGAAUGUUCCUGUACAGUCUCCAGACACUCCUCCAGACAUGAAUGUGUCGCAAAGCCUUGUUCCAUCGAGGAACCCCAUUGCAUUCUCAUCCAGUGGUCGACCAAUCUUCAGACCACAGCGAUUCUCUGAGUGA